AUGAUUAGGAGCAGGGGAGAAGUGGGAAACCUCAGGAACACCAGCCAAAGCCCAGGAACACCAGCCAAAGCUCAGGAACACCAGCCAAAGCCCAGGAACACCAGCCAAAGCUCAGGAACACCAGCCAAAGCCCAGGAACACCAGCCAAAGCCCAGGAACACCAGCCAAAGCCCAGGAACACCAGCCAAAGCCCAGGAACACCAGCCAAAGCCCAGGAACACCAGUCAAAACCUCAGGAACACCAGCCAAAGCUCAGGAACACCAGCCAAAGCCCAGGAACACCAGCCAAAGCCCAGGAACACCAGCCAAAGCUCAGGAACACCAGCCAAAGCUCAGGAACACCAGCCAAAGCCCAGGAACACCAUCCAAAGCCUAGGAACACCAGCCAAAGCUCAGGAACACCAGCCAAAGCUCAGGAACACCAGCCAAAGCCCAGGAACACCAGCCAAAGCUCAGGAACACCAGCCAAAGCCCAGGAACACCAUCCAAAGCCCAGGAACACCAGCCAAAGCUCAGGAACACCAGCCAAAGCCCAGGAACACCAUCCAAAGCCCAGGAACACCAGCCAAAGCUCAGGAACACCAGCCAAAGCCCAGGAACACCAGCCAAAGCCCAGGAACACCAGCCAAAGCCCAGGAACACCAGCCAAAGCUCAGGAACACCAGCCAAAGCUCAGGAACACCAGCCAAAGCUCAGGAACACCAGCCAAAGCUCAGGAACACCAGCCAAAGCUCAGGAACACCAGCCAAAGCCCAGGAACACCAGCCGAAGCUCAGGAACACCAGCCAAAGCUCAGGAACACCAGCCAAAGCCCAGGAACACCAGCCAAAGCCCAGGAACACCAAGAGAUGGGCUCCAAACAUAAACUCUGGUCCCAGACAGUUCCAAAUGAGGCUGGGACUGUUGACUGGCUUUCUCUCACACCAUUCUUGUCACGACCGCCCACCAUCCUCCACGACCACUAGUUCUGACCAAGGCCGGCCACAAAUUCUGACCAAGGCCGGCCACAAAUUCUGA